AAACCCUUGUGAAGCCACCGACCUCCCUACCUCUCUAUAACACGUCUUUUUCUUCAAAUCAAGUUCUACCCCAAACAAGGAUUUGAACUGAAUUGACAGAUUCUGAUUCUAACUUCUAAAUAAUCCAUGUCUUCUAGCAGAUUAUCUACUCUGGUUAUAGUUGCACACAGGGUUGGUUUCUCACACCUUGUGGGGCUCAAGAACACCCUAAGGAUGCAUAUUAAAAAGGUCAAUUGCUCAGAAUGGGAGCAGAUUGCAGUACCUAAAAGGGCAAUAGUUGCUCUAAAUCUUCAUAAUUAUGGAAGUGGACGGAACCCAUGGGGUAAUUUAAAGCUUGAGUAUUUGGAAAAGAAAGGUUUUGUGAAGGCACAUGCUGAUGAUGGUCUGUUAGAAAUUUAUCGCUUAAAGCAAGGAUGGCAUGCUUCUUUUGUUAUGGUUGAACUCAUCUCUGCCAAACACAUUGCCCAGGCUGCAGCAAUUUGAUUUGAAGUUAGAGGUGGAGAAUGGAAAGAUGCAUAUAUGCAGAUGGACGGGGAGCCAUGGAAACAACCAAUGCAGAAGGAGCACUCAACAUUUGUGGUAAUUAAGAGGGUACCUUUUCAAUCAUUAAUGGUCAGGGGAGAGUGAUCCUUUUGCAUUUCUUCAAGACGACAUCGAUGUAAGGCAAUGUAAAGCAUCAUUGUUACCCAAGGCCUUGUUAAAUUAUAUUUAUUUUUCCAAGUGAUGAGGAAUUGGGGCAUUUAGACUCAACAAAUGCGAGAAAAUGGAAAGGAAGAUGGCCUUGGAAUGAGAGACAGAACCCAUUGUACCAAAUUCAUCGGUUGUCAAUUUGUGGUCACUCUAGCUUAGUAGGUCUUACUAGCACUUCACUAAGCAUGUAAGGAACAGUAGGAACGGGAUAUUUUUGUUUGGUUUUUCCUGCAUCUCAUUCAUCAACAAUAUUCACUGUAUUGUAUUCUUUUCUUGCCUAAUACAGGAAGCCUACCUUUAUUGAAUAUAGUGUUGUCAACAUAGAUGACAUGUGUGACUCUACACUUGGAUGAAAUUCUGUAUCUCUAAUAUGUAAAGUGACUUGUUGGCCGAGUCACUGCCAUAUCUUGAAGAAAGAGAAAUUGAUUAUUUUCAAGAUCAGACAAUGUUUCUGAACUCUUGGGGACUAGAUUCGGAAUGUAUCCUAGAUUCACUUCGAUCAUAAGAAUGAAUAGAUGGAUCUUUU